AUGUUUAUUGGUCAAAAAGUCCCAUGGUCAUCAGACUCUACAGUUAUACGAAUGCCUAUUUCAUCAAAGUUCAUUGAAGAAGGAACUGAAUGUGAAUGGACAGAAAUAAAGUUGAUAUUUGAAAAUUUCAUUAAGCAUGCCUCUAGAACACUCGUAUUUCUAAAGUUUGUUUAUGAGGUGUCUUUAUCAACAUGGGAAGAAAAGGAACCACAAUCUUCACAAGAUUUUUUAAUCUAUGUGGACUCAUCACAUACUCUUUGUCUUGCUUGCAGUUUACUUUCCAUUUGAUGAUUCUAAUCUUAUGAACCUAUAUAAAAAAGUAAGCAUUAUAUGUAGUUGUGUUGUAUGCUUGAUUUCCUUUUUGUGAUCAUAUUGUAAUUAGAUAUAUUUAGUGACUGUAUUGUAUGUUGCUUGAGA